CUGGUGCGACGAAUGCGAUCGAGUCGGCGUGCCUACUUGAACGUGGGCGGCACGAAGCACGAGAUCAUGUGGCGGACACUCGAUCGACUGCCCAGGACGAGACUCGGGCGUCUGAGGUACUGCACUAGCGUGGAAGACGCGCGAAUGCUCUGCGAUGACGUCAUAGCGAUGGGCGAGGAUUUCGUCGAAUUUUUUUUCGACCGACAUCCGACCUCGUUCGCGUCGGUUUUGAAUUUUUACCGGACGAAGAAGUUGCAUUUGAUGGAGGACAUCUGCGUCCUCUCCUUCAGCGAUGAUCUCGAGUACUGGGGCAUCGACGAACUCUACAUGGAGUCCUGCUGCCAGCAUCGCUACCACCAUCGCAAGGAAGGCGUGUUGGAAGAAAUUCGCAAAGAAGCGGACAGCUUGCAAGAAACAGCUGAAGAAAACUUCGGAACUGGAAGGUGUUCCAGACCGAGGCAAAAAAUUUGGAAUCUGCUCGAAAAACCUCAAACAUCUAUGGCCGCCAGGGCAGUAGCCAUUAUCUCCAUCCUCUUCAUCAUCGUCUCGACCAUCGGGAUGACCUUGAACACGAUCCCAGAGUUGCAGGAGGAUGACGGUGAGGGCAACAAAACUGACCGCAAGGAGCUGGCCACUAUCGAGGCCACGUGCAUCGGAUGGUUCACGCUGGAGUACUUACUCAGAUUCUGGGCCAGUCCAGCCAAGUGGGCCUUCUUCAAGAGUCCCCUGAACAUCAUCGACCUGCUGGCCAUCCUGCCCUAUUACAUCUCCCUGGGUCUCGACGAGCACAGCAGCAGAACCAACCAGUUUCAAAACGUUCGCAGGGUCGUUCAAAUAUUCAGGUUGAUAAUGAGAAUAAUGAGAAUCCUGAAGUUGGCCCGCCACUCGACCGGCCUACAGUCUCUGGGUUACACCCUCCAGAGAAGCUACAAGGAGCUCGGGUUGCUUGUCAUGUUUAUGGCGAUCGGUGUCCUUCUAUUUUCUAGUCUUAUAUUCUGCGCUGAAAAAGAAGAAAAUGGUAAUUUAUUCCGCAGUAUACCAGAAACAUUUUGGUGGGCAGUUAUUACGAUGACGACGGUGGGGUACGGAGAUAUAUACCCCUCAACUCCAUGGGGAAAGUUGGUUGGUUCUCUUUGCAGUAUUUGCGGAGUGCUGGUCAUCGCUCUACCUAUCCCGAUCAUCGUUAACAACUUCGCCGAGUACUACCAAGAUCAGAUGAGGAGAGAGAAAGCCCUGAAACGUCGUGAGGCCAUCAACAGAGCCCGCAUGUCAGGCAGUCUCAUUUCUCUC